AUGUCGUGGCAAAAUUCCCACGGCCCUCCGAAUCGUUUCCCCCCUUCCCCUAGACCUCCCAACAUACCACGACAGGCGAAUCAACGACAGACACCCCAGUACCGUGCAUUCCAGCGAGCCCCCACCCCCGAGGUGGAGGAUUCAGAGGAAAUGGCCGUCGACGAUGAGAGCAAAAUCGCUCUCGACUUUCAACAACUACGCAAGUUUUUCGAGGCUAUGCAAGGCUGGUUCGCGAAACCGGACUUUGCCGACCUCGCCACACGCCCCUCGCCGGAGGAUAUUGGCCAAUCCAUGGCCGCUAUCCAGGCGUUCCUCCUCAAGUGGUCUCAAAUGACCGGGACCCCGCUCAGCGCUCUGGUGCCCAGGCUUUGCCCACCACCAACGACCGUCACUGAGGUUAGCACUCAGACUGACGCCCCCUCUCCUCCCUCCUCAAAAGUGUCGAAGACGUCGACGCCCAACCCUAAGCCCGCCACACACGGCCCCCAUGAGGCUACCAAGUCCUAUGCGGCAGCCGUGGGCAGGGGCCCCAAGCCUAAGGCCGAGGUCGUGGCUGCACUCGGCAAGGCUUUCCCACUCGCAUCGGCCGCUCAAGUUAUCAAUAUGGCCACCAAGAUCACUCCUGCCUCCAAGGCCCAUAUCCGGCACGCUCCUCGAGGGGCCGCGAAGGUUCUACACGUCACGUUUGCUGCUG